AUGGAGGAUAAGAACUUUAUGGAAGCAACAUAUUCGCCAUUGCUUACUGUAUGUAAGAAAAGUACUGCUACAGAAGUAAUGGAAAACUUUUGUGAAGUGUAUCCAGAUGCAGUGAAAUCCCAUACAUGUCAGCUGUGGUUUAAAAAAUUUAAAGAUGAUGAUUGUGACAUGUCUGACAAACCUGAUACAGGAAGACAACCCACUUUGAACAAUGACCUUUUGAAUGAGACUAUUAUAUCAGAUUCACAUCAAAGUACCAGAGAUUUGGUGCAAAAAUUGAAUGUGUCAUUUUUCAGCUACCCACAAACAUUUAAAGCAAAUUGGGAAAACAUGCAAAGAGGGGAUUUGGACUCCACAUGA